AUGGGCAUCCUCUCCAACAUCCUCCUCCUGACAGCGGCGUCGGCCGCCCUGGCAGACACCGCCGCCCCCGCAACACCCAAGAUCACCAGCAUCACCUUCUCCGGGAACGGGUGCGCCCGGGAUCCCAAGUUCUCGGGCGGCUUCAACGACCCGACCGUGACCUUCAGCAGCUUCGCCGCCUCGCUCCCGGGCUCCUCGCAGACGCUCAACUGCCAAGCGCACCUCCAGGCCAGCGGCGCCAGCCCCGGGUGGCAGGUCUCCCUCAAGACCAACGUCGUCAAGGGCCGCGUGCUGCUCACCCCAGGCACCUCCCUGACCCACUACACCACCGUCUUCUUCAGCCAGGACGCCGCGCGCUCGGACACCAUCUCGGGCACCGUCUCCAACAACGGCGACGGCACCGUCAACGAGGGCGUCACGCUCGUGGCCAAGGCCGACGCCAGCCGCGUGUGGUCGCCCUGCACUGGCAACGACGGCUACACGGGCAUCAUGAACAUCAACUUCCGCGGCGCGCUGACGGGCGACGGCAAGGCGCAGUUUGUGGCGGACACCGAGGAGUGGGAUCUGGAGUGGAGGCGAUGCUGA